CGGAAGGCUCGCUGUGAUUGGUUACAGCUCAGACGUCCCCCGCCCACCGCCCUGCCUUGUAUGGAACCUGUCUCUGACGUCAUGGACACUCCUGAGGCCGCUAUAAAGAAGUGUAAGGGCGACCGAAGGGACUGUCCUUUAGCUGGGAGAUACAAAGGAUGAGAGAGUGCUGCUGAAGAGCAACCUGUUUCUAACCUUUAUACACGGUUUUGUAGCCAUGACUUGCAUACACCCCCAGCACGGAUCUCGGCCCUACAAUAACAACCUGGUCAGCUUGGAGCCUCAAAGCCCAGACCUGAUCUCCAGGCUGGAUCACCUCGCUGCCCCGUCCCUGCCAAGCAUCAGCUCCAUGGCGGGCACUCAAUCAAGCAACUUUGACAGCUACACAUGCCAGUUCACAGCAACGCCGGCCCACCUCACGCCAGGCCAGGAGAGCCCAUUCAGGCUGGAUGACCUCCAGGUUUACGGUUGUUACCCUGGUGCGUUCAUGUUCACUUACCCAGAGGAGGCCCUUUCCCCUUCCCCUUGUGGGUCUGAUUAUUUCGGCAGCUCAGCAUCAGUUUUGACUCCUUCAACCCCCAAUUUCCAAAGUCAGCAUGCACCCACCUGGAACUCAUCCUGUGGGGCGUAUUCACCCAGUGCAGGAUACUGGGCAGCUGAGGACAUCUCAGUACCACAUGUGCCAUCUUUUGUCACAUUUGGUUCAGGGACUGUGGAGGAGUUGUCUCCUUUGGGGCAACCCCACCUGCGAGAGCAUGAUGCUUUCACUGACACACCCUCACUCACCUUCCCCAACCUGGCCAUAGAAGCAUGUGGCCAGGAUGCCGCUGACCACCUGGACGGGAGUUUGCCACUCAAAUUAAAAAGCCUACGAGGGAACGAGGGCUGCUGCGCCGUCUGCGGGGACAGUGCCUCUUGCCAACACUACGGGGUUCGCACCUGUGAGGGAUGCAAAGGCUUUUUCAAGCGGACAGUACAGAAGAAUUCCAAGUAUGUUUGCCUGGCCAAUAAGGACUGUCCUGUGGACAAGAGGAGGAGGAAUCGCUGCCAGUUUUGUCGCUUCCAGAAGUGUCUCACCGUAGGAAUGGUGAAGGAAGUUGUGAGGACAGACAGCCUGAAAGGUCGAAGAGGUCGCCUGCCCUCCAAGCCUAAAGUAAUCCAAGACGUGGCACUCACAGUGUCUCCAGUGAGCAUGAUCGCAUCUCUUGUGAGGGCUCACAUCGACUCAAACCCCAACGAUGGACAAAUGGAUUAUUCCAAAUAUGAUGAAAUAGACGUCUGUACAAACCAGAAGGAGGACGCCAGUGACGUCAAACAGGUCUACGACUUGCUCAUGGCCUCUAUGGAGGUCAUCAGAAAGUGGGCGAAGUGUAUCCCGGGUUUCUCUGAGUUCUGCUCAAAAGAUCAAGAACUGCUUUUGGAGUCUGCCUUUGUUGAACUCUUCAUCCUGCGUCUAGCAUAUCGGUCAAACCCUGAAACGAACCAGCUGGUCUUCUGCAACGGGAAAGUGCUUCACAAGACCCAGUGUGUCAAAGGCUUCGGGGACUGGAUUGACUCCAUCAUGGAGUUUUCUCAAAAUCUUCAUCGCAUGAAGCUUGAUGUCUCCUCCUUCUCCUGCCUCACGGCGCUGGUCAUUAUCACGGACCGACAUGGUCUCCAGGAGCCAAAGCGAGUGGAAGACUUGCAGAAUCAGCUCAUCGCCAGCCUGAAAGACCACGUGUCGGGCUGCCCCUCCUCGCGUCCCAACUAUUUGUCCAGAUUGCUUGGGAAGCUGCCCGAGCUAAGGACACUGUGCACUCAAGGCCUCCAGCGCAUCUUCUAUCUUAAAUUAGAAGAUCUGGUGCCCCCACCUCCAAUUGUGGACAAAAUAUUCAUGGACUCACUUCCAUUUUGAGUGCCGUGGUGUGAGACAGCACAUCAAUCUGGAGUCAAAGGAUGCCGCAACAAAAAGGGCUGUUUCUUAAUCCAGUCAUGCACUGUACGUGUGGGAGAAUGAAGCAGCGCACGGACCAAAGUAGUGAUUGUUUACAGUACGUACCAGGUGCCAUGAACGGCAUCAGCUGUGAUGGAGGGAAGAUGGAAGCAUUGUCCAAACUCUCGCAAACUAAAAUGUGCUGUCAUUUCACAGUCGUGCCACUGUUUUGUUUCGCGUAGUUCGUGCUGUUGUUGUUGGACAAUUACACAGAAACAUGUCCAAGCAUUGUUGUGACUUUACUUAAUAAUAUUGUCAUACAACCCCUGGCUGAUGUCGGAUGUCCUUUCACAUCUUAAAUCAUCAGUAUUUUUCAUGGGUGAGUGGUCGCCACCAAAAUGAUCAGUACCAUUCAUGUAUCAUGAAUAGACUUGGAGCAGCUACCAUACUGUGUCUUAUACACUGGCUUGUAAAGGUCGUGAAAUGCUUGUGUUACUGCAGAAUUGUGUUUUUACUUAAGCGGAGAUUUUCUCUGGACUUG